AUGCUCGAAGACUUCCUUCGUGUGGCUCAGGGAGUCGGAAUGGUCUUGUUAGCCUCUGGUAAAAGAAGUGCCAGUUCCAUGAAGAAGGCCACUUCUCCCUUCACUCUCUACCCACAAUCUCCGAUACAACAAUUUGCUCAUAAUAUUAAAACGAUACAAAAUGCUCCGAAUCGAGUCAUGGAUACACAUACAUCAUUAACCUCCGAAGCUCCAAAGUUUGAGUCAACAUCUUUAUCUCAACAACAAACUCAAUUCGUGAAUUUUAAUGAAGAAAAGCAAUACGAACCGACUGUGCCCAAUACAAGUAAUAUUUACUUUGAUAAUUACGGAAAUACUACGACAUCCCCUGUGGACAUGAGGAUUGUGGAAGAACAAACAAAGAGCUCUGAUACGAAUAUACAGUCACCAUCUGAACAAACAGAGAAUUUAAAGAUGGAAACAUCCACUACGAAACAAGACCAAAAGUUAUCGAAUAUUACGUCACCACAAGAAAAAUCCAAAAGUGAAGAUUACGACUCAAUAAUGUACGAGUCACUGAUGUUAGGACAAGCUGAUUUAACAGAAAGAGUUAAACACAAUUCUGAUAUGAACACAACCCCAACAGCACAACAACAAGAUAUUCAUACGAGUGAAGAUGAAAUCAAACUUCAUGGUAUUGGCUCUGGACUAAAAGAAAAGAAAGUUCCAACAAAUUCAAUUUCUAGAGCUAUUCAAUUUGCUGCUCUGGGUAUCAAGCUUGGGGUUAAUGCAGCUUUUUCUUCCAAAAAGCAAGAUCAGCCAGAAACAGCCAGCUCUGACAAUACACCAAAAGAAGCCAGCAAGGAAAAACCAAAGUUAUCUGUGAGUGAUGUUUUAACAGAAAAGAAUGCAGAAAUUUUAGCUGAUACCCUUUGUAAGAUGAGAGGUGCAGCUCUAAAAAUUGGGCAAGUUAUGUCCAUUCAAGACGAGAGCACAGUUCCACCAGUCAUUCAAAAAGCUUUGGAAAAGGUGAGACAUGCAGCAAAUAUUAUGCCACAAUGGCAAUUGGAGCAAGCCAUGACUUCUCAAUUCGGAGAGGAAUGGAAAAGCGGAUUUAAACAUUUUGACAUGAAACCAAUCGCAGCAGCAUCAAUAGGUCAAGUUCACAAAGGAAUCCUUACAAACGGACGAGAAGUAGCAAUUAAAGUUCAGUACCCAGGAGUUGCAGAAUCAAUCGAUAGUGAUAUUAGAAAUGUUGAAAGAAUCAUGAAAUACACAAACCUUGUCCCACGAGGUGCUUUCUUGGAUAAAACUAUGGAGCAAGCAAGAAAAGAGCUAUCCAUGGAGUGUGACUAUAUUCGUGAAGCUAAAUGCCAAAAGAAGUUUAAAAAACUCAUUCAAGAAGAUGCUCUGGCUGAAAAACAAAGAAAUUAUGUUACUGAUGUUCCAAUGAGCUGUUUCAAUGUCCCUGAUGUUGUUGAUGAGUUUACUACGAGAAGAGUGCUCUGCACAGAGCUCAUCAAAUACGGAAAGACCAUUGACCAAAUCAAAGACAGCCCUAUUGAGGUUAGAAAUAAGGUUGCCAAGCUUCUCUUAAAAUUAUGCUUGAAAGAAUUGUUUGAGUAUCGAUUUAUGCAAACAGAUCCUAAUUGGUCCAAUUUCUUUUAUGAUACGAAAACGGAUACAAUGCAUCUUUUGGAUUUUGGAGCAUGUAUGGAAUUUCCACCCGAGUUUGUUGACCAAUAUAUUAGAGUAGUGUACGCCAGUGCUACCAAAGAUGUCGACACUGUUAUUGACGCUUCUCGAAAGAUGGGUUUCUUAACUGGAGAAGAAUCGCAAGAGAUGAAUGAAGCUCACGCUAAGGCAGCUAUCUAUAUUGGUGAGCCGUUCUCCACUGAGGGUAUGUAUGACUUUAGAAGUGCUGCCAUCCCAGAAAGAGUUACAAAGAUCAUACCCACACUGCUCAGACACCGACUUACAGCUCCACCCCCUGUUACUUACUCGCUACACAGAAAAUUAUCAGGUGCAUUCUUGCUUUGUAACAAGUUAGAUGUUGCAAUUCCAUGUAGAGAAAUAUUCCUUGAUGUAUACGACAGAUAUAUGGAUAGAAGGGCCAAAGAGACAAACAAUACUACCCAAAAUGAAAAUAAACAAUAA